GACAUGACGGAUAACGACAAGAAUAGUAUUAAUAUAAUAGACUCCGAUGUACGCGUACCGAAUCCUCGGAACUUUUUAUUCGCGUGACGAUAAAUUCCACGCCUUAUUCGAGAAAUUCCCCAGAAUAACUAAACCACUCGAGGAGAUUUCAUCGGUGACCAAUCGUGUGGUACACCACAUAGUCACCCGCGGACCACUAGUCACGGCGAGACCACGCCGACUGGCACCGGACAAAUUAGCCUUCGCUAAACGUGAGUUUGACAAUUUAAUAUCUACUGGUAUCAUUCGUCCCUCUCACUGUUCCUGGGCCUCUCCUUUACACAUGGUGCGCAAAAAGGAUGGGGUUAGUUGGAGACCACGCGGCGACUACCGAGCAUUAAACGUAGUUACGCGCUUUGAUAGUUACCCCAUCCCCCACAUACACGACAUCACGGCAUCGCUCAAGGGCACGACCAUCUUUUCUAAAAUCGAUCUGGUACGAGCAUAUCACCAGAUCCCAGUCGCUCUUGAAGACAUCGAAAAAACUGCUAUCACGACUCCGUUCGGUCUGUUUGAGUUCCUACGAAUGCCAUUUGGAUUACGGAAUGCUGCUCAGAAUUUCCAAAGUUUUAUCGAUAGCAUAGUACGAGACUUGGAUUUUGUUCACGUCUAUAUUGAUGACCUGCUGAUCGCAUCAUCAAGCGUAGAUGAACAUUAUCAACACCUUACACUAUUAUUCCAACGUCUUUCGGAUAAUGGAAUAAUAGUCAACCCAGAGAAAUGUGAAUUGGGUAAAUCAGAAAUAAUAUUUCUGGGUCACAUCAUCAGACAAGAGGGUAUUCUGCCUUGCGAGGACAAAGUUCGAGCAAUCAAGGAGUACAAUGUGCCGUCCUCAAUCAAGGAACUGAAGGCUUUUCUCGGUUUGGUUAACUUCUACAGACGUUUCAUCCCACACGUGGCAGAACGGUUACGACCAUUAACGGAUUUACUUCGCGGUAAUCCACGCAAAUUAGAAUUGAACGAUACCGCACGUACUGCAUUCUCAGAGAUCAAAACGGCUCUCGCUGAAGUUACGCUCCUCGCUCAUCCUGACCCAUCAGCCACGCUUAGUAUAGCGGUUGAUACAUCAGAUUUUGCUAUAGGAGCCGUUAUGCAACAGAAUAUCUCCGGUAGUUGGCAACCGCUUGAAUUUUCCUCACGACGCCUUACUCCCACGGAGACGAGAUAUAGCGCUUUUCGUCGCGAACAGCUAGCAGCCUACUGUGCCAUCAAACAUUUCCGGCACGCAGUAGAAGGACGCCAAUUCAUUUUAUUCACCGACCAUAAGCCCUUAACGUAUGCCCUGCAUACCAAGUCUGACCGCUACUCACCACGAGAGUGCAGACAUUUGGACUAUAUCUCCCAGUUCACGACAGACCUUCGUCACAUUAAAAGCGAGUCGAACUAUGUUGCCGACGCUCUUUCACGUAUCCGAGCGAAUGCAGUUACUUUACCGGUGCUCGAGCUUCCUGCUAUGGCCGCCGCACAAGCAAACGAUCCUGUCUGUACAGAAGCACCACAAUCUUCGUCCCUUCGGUGUCAGGAAGUACCCCUAGCUACUAGCUCAGGUACUAUCCUAUGUGAUAUUUCUACCGGUCUUCCUCGACCCAUCGUACCCUCUGCCUAUCGCCGUCUCGUCUUCGAUGCCUUCAUGGAUUGUCUCAUCCAGGUAUCGCAGCUACCUUACGUCUUAUCGCUGCACGAUACGUCUGGACGUCCAUGAAUAAAGAUGUCCGUAUGUGGAUAAAGCAAUGCUUACAGUGUCAACGAUCAAAAGUGCACGGACACGUAGAUGCCCUCAUUGGCACGUUCGCUACGCCUGAUGCUCGCUUUGAUCACGUUCAUAUAGACAUUGUAGGACCAUUGCCAGCAUCGCAUGGGUAUGAUCACAUACUCACGUGCAUUGACCGUUUUACAAGAUGGCCCAAAGCUAUUCCCAUCACGUCUAUCACGGAGGGGACAGUUGCUCACCGCUUCGUAGAACGAUGGAUAGCAUUGUACGGUUUUCCCUCGACUGUCACGACUGACCGAGGACAACAAUUUGAGUCCGCAUUAUUCUCCUCACUGACCCGGCUGCUUGGUACGGAACGCAUACGCACUACCGCCUACCAUCCAGCAUCAAAUGGUUUAGUCGAACGGUUUCAUCGCCAACUUAAAAGUGCACGAGAUUGCGUCUGCCUGGGGAAUUCUUUACACCACGUAGCAGUAAUGAUUUCGGUAAAUCAGACUACGUCCAUCGACUGUCUGCAUUUAUGCGAACGCUGUCUCUGGUGUCAACUCGAAUACAACAUCGACAGGUCGAUCUCCCUCGAGAGUUAUCUACCUGUUCGCACGUUUUCAUACGAGUAGAUUCGGUACGCAAACCUUUGCAACAGCCUUACGAAGGACCUUUUCACGUGAUCUCUCGUCACGAAAAGACCUUCAAGGUUGAUCGACACAGCCGCGUCGACAUCGUCAACAUUGAUCGUCUCAAACCAGCACGCGUCGAUGACAGUGCCCUACUCGAUAACUUGAGACUCAAUGCUAGACCUAUCAAACCUUCUAGCGGGAUCUCUACAUCUACCUCGGAUCCCACGCUAGAUACAUCAGAGACCUCGUUCUCACGUCCCGGUCAACAGCACGCGUCAUCUGCAUCAUCUACGGACGAGACUUCCGUCUCACGUCCAGAUCGGCAGACCACGCCGCCCUUGACCUCGGAUGAGAUCGCAGGCUACCGUCUCACGUUCCGGCCGCCGAGUACGCUUACCCGUACGCUUCCGCGACUAAACGCACAGUCGAUAACGGAUACGGUGUAGGGCUAUUCCUAUACUACACGCAUGCUACACUUUUCUUUUUUUGAUUUUUUGUAUCCUGAGCUCACGCCUCCGACCAUCGUCCAUUUCAUAAUGUCGACUUCAGUCAACUUUGGCAAAAGCUGGUUUGGCCACCCAAGCUCUAGUCAACGCACUCAGCGUUUUCUGGUUCGCAUCCCUACGAACGCAAUCAUCAGAUCCUGGAUACAAACCACUCUGGUGUGGUCUGCUAAUUCGACCAACAAAUACAGCACGCUUCUUCUGGCACCGUUCUGCGCAAAAGACCUUCGUUGGCAACUCGAGGAUCAACGAUCACUUCCUGUUCCGUCAACUUCCUCCGUCCCACAACCGCAAUUCUGCCGAUCAGUCCCACGAAUCAAACCGCUAACUAUUGAAAGUUUAAACCCUUUCUAGCGGGGGGCUCCUGUAGUGACCUACUUUUAUCAACAGAACGCGAUUGGUUCGAUGAAAACAAUUAUUAUUAUAACCAAUUGUACCAGUGAUUGUUUUAUUGUGCUCGUUUGUUUAACUGUGCUAAUAACAGCCAUUUUGGUCUUCCAUUGUAUUCCAUUGCUUCUACGCGGUUUUUGACUACGCAUGUAUCUUUUCUUGCCGAUCGCACCUGUACUCCUUUGGCACGAUCUCGGUAUUCUUUCGAUACCACGAGAUUGCCAACAAAUAUAUUACAACUACUAUU